ACAUUGUGGUCAGUGCCAUCAAGAAUGAUUCAAAAUCACCCAAUGGAGAUCUAUAAAUGGUUACAAUCUGAAUAUCACUAUACGAAACACCAAUGCAUUCGACAUCAAGUUCGGUUAAUAUGAUAAUGAUAAUAUGAUCGUGCAGUGAGAACCAAGCUUUAAUUACUUAAUUUUGGAGUCAAACCUACCUUUUUUACUGAUAUUUUUAUCAGUGAUGUGGAAAAAUAAACUCAGUUUUUCACAAACAGCAUUAAAAUUAGAAAAGGCACCGAAUCCACAAUACGUGGAAUUCUCCAAUAGGUCUGAAUUCAAAAAUGGCGGGAAUAUCGAACAGGAAAUGAUCUACGAAAGUUUACGAGUUUCUCCGAAGAUCCGCCGAGCAUUUAAAUAUUUGAAAUAAAGCCGCUAAAAACAUUUUGACCGUAUUUUUUUGCCUUUUACACAGAUACUUUUGUUAUUUGUUAAAAGAAAUCAAUUAUUGAAGCGGCAAAUAGAACGUAUCAUCUCGAAAAGACAAAAACAUCAUUCGGCCAUCAAUGCCAAAAGUUGGCACUGGACAAUUUCAACUUCACCCGGUCGUCGCUUCAACUGUUUCACAAGUAAACAAAACCAAACAAAACGACCGAAACUCGUCUUUCGAACUACGGCCGAGAUGAAUUUCAGUCCGAACAUGGAAAACGUAAACGAAAAAUUCAAUCCAAUGUUCACGAACAGCGGUUGUUAUCCGGAAAACAGCAGCAGCGAAGACAACGACUCGGGAUCCGACCAUGAAACAACUUUGCGCGAAGUUUCUCCGCCUUACUUAUCACGUAACUAUCUCUUUGGUGCUACAAUAUUUCAGGUAACUAUUGACAACAUUAUAAAUCACUCUUCAGCUUCAUUACGUCUGGGACUAACUCCAAUAAGAAAGCGCAGAGGAAAUUUACCUAAACAUGCGGUGAAAAUUUUGAAACGAUGGCUGUACGAGCACAGAUACAAUGCUUAUCCUAGCGAUGCUGAGAAAUUGACUUUGUCUCAGGAAGCCGGCCUUACAGUUUUGCAGGUUUGCAAUUGGUUUAUCAAUGCACGCAGAAGAAUUUUGCCAGAAAUGAUACGCAGGGAGGGUCACGAUCCGUUAAAUUACACCAUAUCUCGUAGAGGAAAGAAACUUUCAGCUGCCAACUUUAUUGGCGGCGACCGAGGACGAGUAGGAUGGGCCGAAGAGUUCGAAAAUCACCAUCACAAACGGAUGAGAUUAAAUCCCGAAUUUGAAGACAGCAUGACGCUUUUUUACCGUUCCGAACCGGAAGAAAUUAAUGGCUACGAGAGUUCUAGCCCUAGCGAGGAAGAAAAGUUUAGUGCCACGUGGACCGGCCCUAUCGAAUAUUCUGGAAUGCCAACCGAAGGCAUAUACGCCAAUAAAAGAUUUACCAACACUGGAGUGCAGUAUUUGCCUACCUUGAUCCACAAUCAGCCUGAUCCCAGUCCCAAAGUGCAAGUGUUGCCGGCCAACCAAAUCGACCCAGAUCCUCUGAUGACGGAAGAAGAAGAGAAGGAACGUUUUAAAUGCCUAUAUUUAUUAGUAGAGACCGCUGUGGCCGUCAGACAAAGAGAAAAAGAACAAGAAACAGCCGAAAUAGCAUAGGAAACUUCACUUUGUUACUUGUUAAAGUCUUCAUUCUACCCAGAGAUUAAUCUCUGGUUAUCCAUUUAACACAAACGUCCUAUGUUGUUUGCAUGUUUGUUUUUAUAUGUUUAAGGUAAGUUAUUACCAAAUAUUUAUGGUAAUCCAUUACCAAAUAUUUAAGGUAAGCUAUUACCAAGUUACAAAAUAAAUUAAAUAGAAUAUCA